AUGAAGAGAGCGUUUAGAAAAAUAAUAGCAAUAAAAGAAAUUAUCACCAAGUAAUAGAAAUCGUUUUAGUAUAUGAAGACUCCUAAUAAAACUGAUAUUGAGCAUACAUUUGUAGAAUAACGAUCAAGAUUAUUAAUAUCAAUGUUUUUAUAUGGUUUGAUUAAGAUUAAAGCUAUAGAGAGUAAAAAUUAAGAGAAAGUAUAAUUGAUAGCUUUUAAGACAUCUUUAUAAACUCCCAAUAGUAACAUUUCUAAACUAUUUUUAGACCUUUUUAGUAAGUAAAAAAGUACAAAUGGAAAAAGAAACACAAAGACUAAUAAAAAAGGUAAUAUCAGUCCUAAGCCCCACUUAUAAAAUUCAUAAGUAUAGCAUUCAAAUGAAACAUUCGAAAGAAUAUACAUAGAAUUUCCUAUUUACCUACAAGAAAUAAGAGCAAUCAUUUAUGAAACUAAAUCAGGUUGA